GUUGUACACAGGCUAGAUCCAAACGAUCACAGUUCAUCCGCGUCCUCGCAACACAUUGCAACCACGUCGGAUAGUAUGUAUGCCGUCGUCCCCAUGAUGGCAGAUACCAAUAGCGUCCUAUGGAUGUCAGAUAGUCCAUCGAGCAGAAAUGCUAUCUUAUAUGGUUCCCCGUAUAAUUCACCAACCCCCCACGAUCUAGGAGGUGCCGGGUCCAGAACCUCCAGUCAUCCAGCGACGGGAGGGGUCUACUUAUCUCCACAUUCAUUCCCAAUACCAGGACCGAUCGGCCACACUUUGCCCAUGUCCUCACAAUGGAAUAUGACCUCAGAUACGCAUUCCGUUGUCCCUAUGAUGGAAAAUCCCAAUAGUGCUGCCUCAUGGGCACCAAACAAUCUGAGGGCCGCUGCCUCGUAUGACUGGUUCGGCGAGUUGCAAUGCGUGCCAUAUCUCCACGAACUAGGAGGUGCUAGGUCUGGGGCCCCUAGUCAUCCAGCAAUUGGAAGUGACUACUCGUUUCCACAAGCAUUGCCAACGCCGGGACCGAUUGGCUACACUUUGCCCGAGUCCUCGCAAUGCGGCGGGAUGACCGCCUCGGACAUACAUUCUGUCGUUCAUAUGACGACAAACUCCAACGCUGUCUCGCGGACACCAAACAAUCUCAGGUCCAUUGUCUCACGUGGCCCCUCACAAAGCAUGUCAUGUGUCCAUGAUUUAGGAGGCGUGAACUCCGGGUUUCGGCUCCCUCCAAGUCCGGCCCAGUCGGAACUGCCGAUCAACCAGCCAUCUCUCCUCAUCUGCCGGUGGGUACAUAACAACGCACCCUGCGGAUAUGACGGAACCUUGGAGGAUUUAAAACAGCAUUGGUAUGAUUAUCAUCUUCCUGGAUUUCGAGGUGCGAUGAUCCGAUGCCAAUGGGAACGCUGCAAUUAUCAUAGGCAGCGAGGUGAUCGUUCAAUGAAUGUCAUGCGCCGCUCUUCCGUGUGGCGACAUAUAUCUGAAAUCCAUUUAAUGCAUCGGAGGAAUAGCUAGACGCCAACUGUGUUUUACUCUAGCCUACCAUGACUUGAUCAAGUUGCCCGGAUACAACUCGCCUGAUUUUUCUAUAAUGGAAUCACUGUAUUAGUUAUACCAAUAUAUGAUGGGCACACCUUCAA